AUGCGCAGAAAGCUUCCCUCCAAACAUGUUGUUGGUCUGGACGAACCUGGCCUCGAAGCCGUACGAGGGUGGUUCAUGCAAUGGGAUCUUACCGAUGUCAAGCAAGACAAUCUCAACGUCCUGCAAGAGCUCCUUCGUCGCCAUGAUUUCUCAGCCCCAAUAAUGCUCACCGUUGCGAAGAAGAAAAAAAAUUCUUAUCUGCCGUGUUAA